UGUGUAUUAGCUACAGACCGGGCGAGCUGCCUAGCCUGCCUCUCCAGCGCUCUUGCCUCCCGUUGCUGUGCAUCGCUCCAGUCUAUUGCUUUGUAGUCUAACACCGCUUCGCCGCCUCCUCCUUUCCUCCUCUCCCCGCCUAUGCCUCUCCCUCUCCCCGCCAGCAUCCAGCGAAUGGUCAGUCCACCCCCUGACCACCUGCAGGGAACGGUGAGAGAGAAGCUCCGUUCUGAGCACACUGCGGACUGCUGAAAGCUGCCAAAGGAAGACGUGGAUAUAAGUGUCGUUGUUGACGUUACCGGGAAUUUUAUUUUGGAGGUAUGCCGGUGCCUGACCAGCCGUCAGAGCAGGGAGCCAGUCUGCUGAGUCCAGGUCUACCGUCAUCUAAUGGAGACGGAUCAGACGGGACAGAGACCACCUCCGCUAUCCUGGCCUCUGUCAAAGAACAGGAGUUGCAGUUUGAGAGGCUGACCCGUGAGCUGGAGGCAGAGAGACAGAUUGUAGCCACCCAGCUGGAGAGAUGCAAGCUGGGCUCUGAGACCGGUGGAAGUAUGAGCAGCAUCAGUUCGGUAGAUGAGCAGUUUCGCUGGAACACCCAAGCAGAUGGCCAGAAGGACAUAGAGGAUGAGUUGACCACAGGACUGGAGCUGGUUGACUCAUGCAUCAGAUCCCUGCAGGUAUCUGGAAUACUGGACCCUCACCAAUACAACACAGGAGAACGUCCCUCUCUUCUUUCCCAGAGUUCUUUGCAGCUUAACUCCACCCCAGAGGCUUCACUCCAGUACUCCGCCAGCUACCAUAGCAACCAGACCCUCGCCCUUAGUGACAGCGCUGCCGCGGCAACGCCACAGCGCAGCGGACAAGUCGGUGGGGCCGUGCACAGCUACAACCAGGUGACGUCUAGUCGUGCCGCUCAGCAGAGGCAGCAGGCAGGGGGAUGUAGUGGAGGAGACUCCUUCUCUCAGAGCCAUGGCAGUGCCUUCCACCUACCAGAUGCACAGCAGACCACUACCGGUCACUACUACCCAAGUUCCACUCUGCCCACCCAGCGUGUGAGUUCCCCUCUAACCGGAGGAGUAGGAGGAGGUGGAGGGUCUGGUUCUCCCAGCAAGCUUCAGCGCCUGGGUCCAGCCUUAGACACAUCAGGCUACGCUACCACACAGCGCCUACCUUCUUCCUCCUCAUCAUCCUCACCCAACAAACAGUCCCCCGCCAACCGACUCGCCAAGUCUUACAGCACCUCUGUUUCCGUGACGACGACAGGAGGCACCGGGUCUCCGCUGAGGGUGGGGUCUCCUCCGAACUCCAUUGCAUCAGUUGGCGGAGGAGGGGCUAGCGCUUCAUCAUCCCCCCUGCACCAGAUGAGUUCGGGCAUAGGGAGCUACGCUACUCUGUCUCCUAAAAGACUGGCUGCUCACCACGCCUCCGACCAGUACAAGAUAUCACACGAGCUCUAUGCUACUGCGACACUCCAGAGGCCCGGUUGCAGGGGUUCAUACAGUAGUCAGCAUAGCCACUGUGGUCCAGAUCUGCGUCCCCUAGGAUCCUCUGACCACCACAUAGAGCCCCCCUAUGAGGACAGAGUCAACCUCUAUCACAAAGGACCUAUGAGGGGACUGGGUAACAAUACUGCCCCAUCGUCCCCCGGUGUCGACUCCGCCUCUUUGCAGCGAGCAGGCAGCAACAGCGCCGGGGGAAGCAGCCACAGCGCCGGGGGAAGCUACGGUCGUGGGGGUGCCAAUAACUAUGCUACAGUGGGCCCAGGAUAUACAGCAGAGGCCUAUGCUACAGACCCCUACACGGCAGACCCCUACCGUACACUGCAGUACUGCCCAUCUGUAGAUUCUCCUUACAGCAAGUCUGGACCAGCCCUGCCACCUGAGGGCACGCUGGCACGAUCACCAUCUAUAGACUCCAUACAGAAAGACCCAAGGGAGUUUGGAUGGAGGGAUCCAGAGUUGCCUGAGGUGAUUCAGAUGCUGCAGCACCAGUUCCCUUCAGUCCAGUCCAAUGCUGCAGCCUACCUCCAACACCUCUGCUUCGGAGACAACAAGAUCAAAUCAGAGAUUCGUCGUCAGGGUGGGAUCCAGCUGCUGGUAGACCUGUUGGACCACCGUAUGAGUGAGGUCCACCGCAGUGCCUGUGGAGCCCUGAGGAACCUGGUCUACGGCAAGGCCAACGACGACAACAAGAUUACCCUGAAGAACUGUGGGGGCAUACCUGCCCUGGUCCGCCUGCUACGCAAGACCGGAGACGUGGAGAUAAGAGAACUGGUCACAGGUGUGUUGUGGAACCUGUCGUCAUGUGAUGCCCUGAAGAUGCCAAUCAUCCAGGAUGCCUUGGCCGUUCUGACCAAUAGUGUCAUCAUCCCUAACUCCUCAUCCUGGGACUCCUCCCACAAUCUCCAUGACGACCGCAAGCAACACACACACACUUCCCAGGUGCUUCGCAACGCCACCGGCUGUCUCAGGAACGUGAGUUCUGCAGGAGAGGAGGCCAGGAGGAGGAUGAGAGAGUGUGACGGACUGACAGACGCUCUCCUCUACGUCAUACAGACCGCUUUGGGCAGCAACGACAUUGACAGCAAGACCAUAGAGAACUGUGUGUGUAUCCUGCGUAACCUGUCCUACCGACUGGCAGCGGAGACGUCUCAGGGCCAACAGCUGGGUUCAGAGGAGCUAGACGGUCUCCUGUGUGACGCCAACGGACGUGACGGAGAGACCUCAGGCUGCUGGGGCAAGAAGAAGAAGAAGAAGAAGGGACAGGACCAGUGGGACGGUGUAGGUCCUCUCCCAGACUCAGCUGACCCUCCUAAAGGAGUCCAGAUGUUAUGGCAUCCGUCCAUAGUGAAGCCCUACCUCACCCUGCUGUCAGAGUGCUCUAACCCUGAUACACUGGAGGGAGCGGCUGGAGCACUGCAGAAUCUGGCUGCAGGCACCUGGAAGUGGUCAGUGUAUAUCCGGGCAGCGGUGCGUAAGGAGAAGGGUCUUCCUAUCCUGGUGGAGUUGUUGAGGAUAGACAAUGACCGUGUGGUGUGUGCCGUGGCCACCGCGCUCAGGAAUAUGGCCCUCGACGUCAGAAACAAAGAACUGAUAGGUAAAUACGCCAUGCGUGACCUUGUCCACCGGUUACCGGGCAGCAGCAAUAGCAGUACUGGGGGCAGCGUUGGGACUAGCGGCGGUCCCGGGGGUCCACUAGCACCCAGUAAGACCAUGUCAGACGAUACGGUAACGGCUAUCUGCUGCGCUCUGCAUGAGGUCAUCACUAAGAACAUGGAGAACGCCAAAGCACUGAGAGACGCCGGCGGGAUAGAGAAACUCAUCGGCAUCGCUCGUAGCAAAGGAGACAAACACUCAGCCAAGGUGGUGAAGGCAGCCUCUCAGGUGCUCAGCAGUAUGUGGCAGUACAGAGACCUACGCAGCCUCUACAAGAAGGAUGGAUUCUCUCAGUAUCACUUUGUUGGUUCUGCCUCUACGAUAGAGAGAGACAGACAGAGACCCUACUCCUCCUCUCGCACCCCUUCUGUGUCCCCCGUACGAACCUCACCCAACAACCGCUCAGUUAGUGCACCGGCCUCUCCCAGAGAGAUGAUGAGUAUGAAGGAACGCAAGACCGAAUACGACUCCACAGCAACCAACGCAGGUUUCCACGACAACAAAGGAGAACACACCUCCCGAAAAGACACCAUGGCAGUCAGAAUCUCCUGUGGAACAUCCACGUUGUUCCGGAACUCUUAUGUUACUACUAAUGAGGAGGUCGAACACAACCAGAUCCCUCCCCAGCCCAUGGCCCCUCAGGCAGACUGCUCCUCUACACCUCUAAAAGACUACGACACGUUCCCUCCAUCCCUCCCUCCCUCCUUCCCCCCUCCGCAGAACCCUGGCCGCAUGCUGGAUGACUCCUUCUUCGAGCCUCCGGAUCAGCCCCUUCCCCAGCCCCCGUCUCAGGCCACCACGGACCUCCGGAUGCACCUUGGCCUUAAGUCCACCGGCAACUAUGUGGACUUCUACUCUGCAUCCCGGCCCUACUCCGAACUCAACUACGAGACCAGCCACUACCCGGCUUCACCUGACUCCUGGGUCUAAAGAAAGGAGUCACAACUUAACAUGGGUCCUGGAGAGAUACAAUCUGGUGUAGGGUUUAGCUCCAGCCCAACACUAACAAACAGCACACCUGCAAGGUGUAAUGAACCGUUGAUUUGAGGAUAUUAGGUUGAUUAGUGCUGGGCUGGAACAAAAGCCUGCAUAGUCCCGUAGCUCUCCAGGAUUGAGAGUGAAGAACACUGGUGUAGAGUAAAUCGGGGGUGCGAGGUUAAUGUUAGUAACCAACGGCAAAAAGGGAUUGAAGGGGGUUAGGGGUGCUAGGGGGUUGUGAGGGGUUGAGGUGUGAAGAGAGACUGCGCAUGUGCAUGAAUACCACAAGACAUUUUGCUGCCAGUUCAGUUUGUUCAAAGCUUGUUCCACUGGGAGAGGGAGUGGAUGGAUGUGUCAGAUAGAGAGAUAGAGGGAGAGAGGGAGAGAGAAGAUGAGAGGAAAACACCAAGCACAAGACAGGACAGGAUGUUUACAGGAAAAACAAAGGGGGCAGCUUUCCACCCGUUCAUUACAUUGACUUCUGACUUUCAUCGUCAAUCAAAGCAUCUACCUUUCUAUGGAAUGUUGUCUGUUGAAGAAGAAUCUUCCAGCUUUUUAAGUUUUUAUUUUCACAUCUUUUUUAUUUGUACUUUUUGAAGUUGUAGAUGUACAGUAUUUUGGUGUACAGUACAGUACAGUGACAGUUGACCUGGAUGGUAUUGUGUAUAUUACACAUCUUGUCACUACCGACCGACCGACUGACCGGCCACUGGAUAUUGUUUUCUAGUAACAGAAUAGAGACUGAGAAGAAAACACUUCCCACUGGGCACACCAUGCCAUUUCAAUGUGGAUAUUUGGUUAAUAUUUGGUUUAGACAAUGAUCAAUGAGAUUACAACCUAUAUUCACCCACUCAAAAAGACCGCCAAAAGUUAGUUGAAUGUCCAAUGUGUUAUCACUGUGCUUUCAACCAUCUAAAAGCAUAACCAAAUUCCAAUGGAAAAACAAUGUCUUAUUUUUGGUUUAGUUGUCACCCAAAUGUCUAUCACUGUGCUUUCAACCAUUUUAAAAGCACAGCAAAGUUCAAAUGGGAAUACAAUGUCAGAUAUUUUGUUUAUACAACCAAUUAAUGUGUUAUCACUUAUCACUGUGCUUCAUCUAAUUACAUUACAAGUACGUGUGCAAGUGAUCAAUACCGAUGGAGAUUCUACCAAAUUAUUACAACUGUGAAGAUCUGCACAGACCUGCGACCACCUAUACAUGCUAUCUUGAUCACGCACGCUUUAUAUGAUUACAUAACAGGAAAUGUAUAGAUGCAGUAAAAUCUAAAUGUGGCCAUUGGAUGUGUUACUAAUUUUAAGGUUAAAUGUUACAUUAGUUUGUCAGAUAGCCUUAUCUUAAGGCUUUUUACUGUCUUACAAAAAGAAUAUUGAAUUGUGUUCUGUUGACCAAGCAAUGAAAUAUCAACAUUUAUAGGAGCUGUAUCUACUGUAUCUACUGUAUCUACUGUUUGGAUAACUCCAUCUGACCCACUGGCUUCAUCUUUAACUGGUAUUUUUGGUUGAGUUGGUGACAUGAAUCCAACGUAUAAUUUGUAACUUGUCGACAAGUUAACAGGCUAUUUAUUGUAUUCAGGAAGUGAUAUUGAAUUGUGUUUGGUUGUCAACACAACCACAUUUCAACAUUUAAAGAUGUAUCUUCUGCUUGAAUAGUUCCAUCUGUGCCACUGAGGCUGUGUUUAAUCGGAUCAGCUGUGAAAACAAAUCUGAUGUGAAAAGUUCUGAUGUGAUUGGUCAAAAAAACAGAUCAGAAUUGGAAUGCCUGUGUAAAUGCAGCGUGACUUAGUCUGUCUUUAGUUCCAAUUUGUAUACAAAUUAAUAACUGUUGGAUUCACGUCUCCACCUCAACCAUAAAUCAAAGUUUAAAGAAUAGGAGUAAAUCAAACUUGAAAUGCACUUUAAAUAACGUUUGAUUUGAUGUAGUCUUAUUCUUUAACUUAGAUCGUUGGUUGAGAUGGAGACGUGAAUCCAACAUAUCAUUCAUUAAUUUGUAGACAAACUGGAAUUAAAGCCAGACUAAGUCAGUGGCUCAGAUGGAACCAUCCAAAUAGAAGAUACAUUUCCUUCAAAUGUUCAUGGUUGCGUUGACAAUUCAAUAUCAUUACAUUUGAAAUCAACCAGAGUCUGAAACCCUGGGUCUAUAGUAUAUACAUUUUUAGUUGAAUUAUGGGUUGAAUUGAAACAAUAGUUGUUGAUGACUUUGUAAAUGCUAUAUAGGUCUUAGUAGUAUAAUUGAUGGUAUAUUUGUGAUAUAGUAUGGUCACAUUUCAACUUUUCUGUCAAACCUACCCAUUGGAAUGACUUUGCUACCAACACUGAAUCUAUUUCAUUUUUAAGUGGAGAUUCCUGAACAGUUAUUCUCACGAUAGCACAUUGGCAAUAGUCAAUCACAAAUAUUGUCGCUAAGCAGGGCUGGGCUUGGUUAGAACCCUGGAUGGGAGACCAAACAGCAGCUGUAGGUAGAUCAACUAUCUAGGAGGUGCUGCCCAGCCUGUUACUUUUUUCUGAUAGUGAAUAUAACAUUGAAGAUCUGAUGUUGUUUUAAAGGUACAAAUUCAACAUGUUUUAUACAAGGUUUGUCUAUGUUGAAAUUUGGUUACCUGAUGAUAUAAUUCUGUGAUUGAAAUUUCACCCUCAAAACAACAGUAAUAUUGAUAUUGUAUUUUCCACAUAGAUUCCAAGUCACAAUAAGUUGACAAAUUACGUCGAAACAAUGCUGAUUCAACCAGUUUGUGCCCAGUGGGUUUGAAACAAUGUCAAUCAGUGAUCACUGUCCUGUCUCCCCUUUCCAACCCACAUCUGUUCUAACAGCCAGAGGGAUGUGAGUCUGUUCUAACAGCCAGAGGGAUGUGAGUCUGUUCUAACAGCCAGAGGGAAGUGAGUCUGUUCUAACAGCCAGAGGGAUGUGAGUCUGUUCUAACAGCCAGAGGGAUGUGAGUCUGUUCUAACAGCCAGAGGGAUGUGAGUCUGUUCUAACAGCCAGAGGGAUGUGAGUCUGUUUUAACAGCCAGAGGGAUGUAGGUCUGUUCUAACAGCCAGAGGGAUGUGAGUCUGUUCUAACAGCCAGAGGGAUGUGAGUCUGUUCUAACAGCCAGAGGGAUGUGAGUCUGUUCUAACAGCCAGAGGGAUGUGAGUCUGUUCUAACAGCCAGAGGGAUGUGAGUCUGUUCUAACAGCCAGAGGGAUGUGAGUCUGUUCUAACAGCCAGAGGGAUGUGAGUCUGUUCUAACAGCCAGAGGGAUGUGAGUCUGUUUUAACAGCCAGAGGGAUGUGAGUCUGUUUUAACAGCCAGAGGGAUGUGAGUCUGUUCUAACAGCCAGAGGGAUGUGAGUCUGUUCUAACAGCCAGAGGGAUGUAGGUCUGUUCUAACAGCCAGAGGGAUGUGAGUCUGUUUUAACAGCCAGAUGGAUGUGAGUCUGUUCUAACAGCCAGAGGGAUGUGAGUCUGUUCUAACAGCCAGAGGGAUGUGAGUCUGUUUUAACAGCCAGAGGGAUGUGAGUCUGUUCUAACAGCCAGAGGGAUGUAGGUCUGUUCUAACAGCCAGAGGGAUGUGAGUCUGUUCUAACAGCCAGAGGGAUGUGAGUCUGUUCUAACAGCCAGAGGGAUGUAGGACUGUUCUAACAGCCAGAGGGAUGUGAGUCUGUUCUAACAGCCAGAGGGAUGUGAGUCUGUUCUAACAGCCAGAGGGAUGUGAGUCUGUUCUAACAGCCAGAGGGAUGUGAGUCUGUUCUAACAGCCAGAGGGAUGUAGGUCUGUUCUAACAGCCAGAGGGAUGUGAGUCUGUUCUAACAGCCAGAGGGAUGUGAGUCUGUUCUAACAGCCAGAGGGAUGUGAGUCUGUUCUAACAGCCAGAGGGAUGUGAGUCUGUUCUAACAGCCAGAGGGAUGUGAGUCUGUUCUAACAGCCAGAGGGAUGUGAGUCUGUUCUAACAGCCAGAGGGAUGUGAGUCUGUUCUAACAGCCAGAGGGAUGUGAGUCUGUUCUAACAGCCAGAGGGAUGUGAGUCUGUUCUAACAGCCAGAGGGAUGUAGGACUGUUCUAACAGCCAGAGGGAUGUGAGUCUGUUCUAACAGCCAGAGGGAUGUGAGUCUGUUCUAACAGCCAGAGGGAUGUGAGUCUGUUCUAACAGCCAGAGGGAUGUGAGUCUGUUCUAACAGCCAGAGGGAUGUGAGUCUGUUCUAACAGCCAGAGGGAUGUGAGUCUGUUCUAACAGCCAGAGGGAUGUGAGUCUGUUCUAACAGCCAGAGGGAUGUGAGUCUGUUUUAACAGCCAGAGGGAUGUAGGUCUGUUCUAACAGCCAGAGGGAUGUGAGUCUGUUCUAACAGCCAGAGGGAUGUGAGUCUGUUUUAACAGCCAGAGGGAUGUGAGUGACUAGCAAUAUGGUCUGUUCUCUGAGGAUGUGAAGUUGUUUUGUGGAAACUAAAACAGAAAUGUCAAGCAGAAGCGGUUCAAGACCGAUUACAAGACCAAUGACAUCAUUCCACACUCCUUGUUGACAAAGUGCUUUUUCACUGCCUAAAAACUAAGAUGUAGAUAUUUCAAAUAGAUGUUUUUGAUUCUCCGUUUCCACACUCUGAUAUUUUAUUUUGAAGAUAUAGUGUUUAAAAGGUUCUGAAUUAAAAUGUUUUUUACACAUUUACAUGAUACAACCAGUCCAUUCUACAAGAAUCAACAUUCUACAUUCUAAGAUGCGGCAGAUAGCUUGGCUGUUAAGAGCGUUGGGCCAGUAACUGAAAGGUUGCUGGUUUGAAUCCCCGAGCAGGUUAUGUGAAAAAUCUGUAGUUCUGCCCUUGAGCAAGGCACUUAACCCCAACAACAACUGCUCCCUGCAUGCUGAUAAUGUUGAUUAAAGCAGCCCCCUGCUCCUCUCUGACUCAGAGGGGUUGGGUUAAAUGCAGAAGACACAUUUCAGUUCAAUGCAUUCAGUUGUACAACUGACUAGGUAUCCGUUUUCACUACUGUACAUUAGAGAGAGAAGUGACAUUGUGCUAAUCUUUGCCCUCUCUGGUUCCAGCCCUAGACUGGAGGAUGUAUGAGAGACUCAGUUUACAGACAACCAUGACCACUGACCCAUCAUCCCCUCUCCUGUUUGGAACUGUGUUUUGAUGGGAGUAAGCUACAUAGUACAAAGAGGUAUCACUAUAGAAAUUGGGUACGUAAGUCCCCUUCUCAAAUGUACAGAUCUGCCUAUGUUAGUUGAGCGUGUGUGUGUGUAUGUGUACUUGGGUGCGUGUGCGUUCGUGUGAGUGUCUCUCGAUCAUUGUCUGAAAGUGGAGGUAUCCCUCCAGAUAAGUCAGAUUUCUCAAGGUAAAAAUCACUUGACUGACAUAUCCAUAUAGAAUGAAUGCCAAAACUAUAUAUAGAUAUUACAGAAUUUUUAUGUGCAGGUGUCGGUGUCAUUAAAAGCAACAACAUUUUAAGGUGAAAAGACUUGUACGAUAUGCCUCUGUUCACUUGACUGUACUGAUGAUGAUUAUAAUGAUGAAGAUCGAACCCCUGUAUUGAGAAGACUGCUUUGCUCCAAUAUCCACACUAGCAUAUCCGUCAUUGGCGAUGUAUUGGCCAUGGAUUCUAAGUAGGUUGCUAGCUAGUGUGGAUAUUGGAAGGUAUCCUAACAGAACCCAGCUGAUGAUAAUGAGGAUGUUGACACUAUGGUGUGAGUUGUGUUGUCGUGUGUCCUGGCUUAUUAGAAGACUCUACUGCGUGUCGAUGAUACCUUUAACACCAGGUAAAUAAAAGACUCUUUGCAAUCUA